AAUGUCACCAAUGUCACUAACCGUCAUUUGUGUUCUGUGCAAAUAAAACGAAAGAAAUGUGUGACUGAAAAAGACACGGCACAUGUUUUAAAAAUUAAUUUUUAAAUCGAUCCGAAUCUUCGUUGACACUUUACCGAUGGGUGCUACAAAAUCCAAAGAGCCCGCUAAAUCCCAGCGCGGUGCAGUUGAUCUAUCCUUGCUGUCCGCCCGAUGCGACAAAGUUUACAUAAACGGCCUUCAGCGGACCCAUGACGAUUACAUUAAUCGGGCGGUACUUAAUCUGUUCAAAGCCGAAACGUUUAAGGAUUUGCUGGUCGAAACCGGACAGUGCAAAGCGAAUCUGAAUGAACUGGGAAUAUUCAAGGAUGUGCAUGUUAGCAUCGACGUUAGCAAGGGGGACAGCGCAACCAAAAAUGGAUACGAAAUAACGUUCAAAGGGACAGAACUGUCCCGCUUAACGGGCAGUAUUGGCACAGAGAUCGGUAAUAAUGAAGGAGCAGCAACAGCAGAGAUUACGUCACCCAAUAUUUUUGGACGAGGCGAACGAUUGUCAGUUAGUGGUAGCUACAGUAACAACAGAACGACCGACUUUAAUGUAAAAUUAUCGAAACCGUUUUACCACACACGAAUGGGUGACUAUAAGCCCGAAGUGUCACUGAACCUAUUCAAAAACACAGGAUCGUUUCCCUGGUCAAAGUACACAACACAGGACGCUGGAGCUAUGCUGGAUUUUUCGUUUUUGAUGCCAGUUUACUUGUCACACCAUUUCCAGUAUGAGUGGGCGGUACGCGAAAUUGGAACAGCUGAGAAACGAGUGCCAUUUUUCGUGCGUAAAAAUUGCGGUCCCAGACUGGCCUCGCUGUUCCGUCACAUGUGCAUUUACGAUCAACGAGACAGUUCAAUAUUUCCAUCACAAGGACUCUUCAUCAAGAUGACCAACGAAAUGAGUGGCUUUGGCGGAAAUGUUUCGUAUACCAAAAGCGACACCCAUGGUGAGAUCAAUAUUCCACUGUUCGGCGGCAUGUCAUUGCAGUUUUGCGGUCGAGUCGGUAUGGUUCAAGAAAAUGAUAAAUCGCCGGCUGUGCCGAUUAGUAAUCUGUUUACGUUGGGUGGACCGUUGACGGUGCGUGGAUUUCAAACAGCUGGUGUUGGCGAACACAUUGAAGGAGCGGCUGUUGGAGCACACACCUACUGGGCAUCAGGAAUCCACUUAUGGACGCAUUUACCGUUUCGCAGGCAUUUUGGUGGCUUUGGCGAGAAUUUCCGUGUUCACUUCUUCGGCAAUGCGGGAAAUGUGGAUUCGUUUUCGACGGAGGGUUGUAGAACGUCAAUAGGUGCCGGUAUUGCUUUUCGCCUUGGCGAACGUGCCAGAAUUGAAUUGAACUAUUGUAAGCCGUUGAGUAAGGCCAAAAAGGAUGCAGCCAGACCGGAAGGCUUUCAAUUUGGCAUUGGAUACGAGUUUUUGUAGAGUCGAUUGUGUUAAACAAAAUCAUGUUUUUCGGUUGUUUUGCUGUUAGUCAGAAACGUUUAUUUUCGAGAAAUAAAGAGACAAAUCGAAAUGUGCUUUCAA